AUGGCCAGCGACAUUGAAACCAGCUUUGAAGCGGCCAUUGCCUCUGGCAAGAUCAAUGGAGCUGUCAUUUGCGCCACUGAUGCAGGAGGGAAUUUCGUUUACAACAAGGCUCUUGGUGAGCGCACUCUUCUCUCCGGAGAGAAACGCCCACAACAGUUGGACGACGUUCUUUUCCUGGCUUCCGCCACCAAGUUGAUUGCCUCAAUUGCCAGCCUACAAUGUGUUGAAGAUGGUCUCCUGACUCUCGACGGCGACCUGUCCACCAUUGCACCUGAGCUCGGGGCCAAACAGGUCCUCAAAGGGUUCUCUGAAGAUGAUGAGACGCCCAUUCUCGAGCCAGCAGAGCGUCCCAUAACUCUAGAGAUGUUGCUCACUCACAGCGCCGGGACUGCAUACGACUUCUUAGCCCCUCCGAUCGGGAAGUGGCGAGAGAAGUUCUCUCCUCCAACGUUUGACCAGCAGAAGACCGUAGAAGAUCUCUUCGUUUACCCGCUCGCUCAUCAACCAGGCGCGGGAUGGAUGUAUGGACCUGGCCUGGAUUGGGCUGGUCGUAUUGUUGAACGAGUGACGGGCCGCACAUUGGGCGAGCAUGUCCUUGAGCGCAUCUUGGCACCACUUGGUUCAAAAGAUGCCCAAUUCUACCCCGUUACUCGCGAAGACCUGCGAACUCGGCUUGUUGAUCUCAACCCCGAUGAUACCGAGGCUGUUGGCCUUGCUGUCUUAGGCGGUCGCGGCGACAUGAACUUGCGUGGAAAGGGAGACUUUGGCGGGCAUGGACUCUUCAUGCCGGCUAUCGACUACGCCAAGGUUUUGCAGUCCCUGCUUGCUAACGAUGGAAAGUUACUGAAACCCGAAACGGUGGACAAUAUGUUCCAAGACCAUCUUGCACCCGAGGCGACGCCUGGCCAUCAAGCCGCGCUGGCUGGUCCGGGAGGUAUUUUCUUCCGAAUUGGCGUUGAUGCUGAUACGAAAAUGGGCUAUGGACUUGGGGGGCUUCUCACUUUGGAGGAUGUGGAUGGUUGGUUUGGCUCUCAUACGCUUUCGUGGGGUGGUGGAAUGACUCUGACGUGGUUUAUUGAUCGUAAAAAUGAUUUGUGUGGCGUGGUGGCCGUUCAAGCUGCGUUGCCUCUGGAUAUGCCGUUGGUGACGGAGCUGAAGCAAGUAUUUAGGAAGGACAUCUAUCGCAAAUAUGCUGCCUGGAAAGAGGAACAGAAGUCAUAA